AUGGCGAAGGUUUUCGACGCGCGUUUAGAGCAACUUCGGGCGAUUCGAAAUCGAGAGAAGGAACGCGAAGAGAGAGAACGGAAAGAAGAAGAAGAUGAUGAUGAUGAUGACAAAAAUGAAGAAGAAGAAGAAGAACAGGGAGGACGAAUGUAUAGCGAGGUUUCGCCGCUGAGGGCGACGCCGUCGACGAGUCAUCGUCCUCAUCGAAAGAACAACAACAACAUCGAAGAAGAAGAAGAAGAAGACAAAAAUGCAAGUUUUUCAAAAAGGAGUCACCAACGCCGCCGCGCGACGAGUUUUAAGACGACGGGCGCGCCGAUGUCUCCAUCUUCGCCUCCAUCUCCGUCGUCUCCGUCAUCACCAUCAUCAUCUUCUCCUUCUCCUUCCGCCUUCUCUGAUUCAGACAACGACGACGACGACGAAGAAGAAGGAUACCGUCACCAACAAGACGUUUUGAGAGAGUCCGAUGCGGUUGCGCGGUUGCGCUCGCAACUCUCGGACAAAGAGCUCGAUUUAAUCGAAAUGCAGCAAUCAUACGAACGUUUGAUGAGAAUGACGGAGGAAACGAGAGAUCUGUUGAAACAAACGCAUGAAGAGAAGGACGAGUAUCGCAAACACGAGGCCAUCGCCGAACAAUUAAAAAUUCGAAACGACACGUUACAGUUAAAAAUCGAUGAAUUGAGCGAAAAGUUGAAAAGAGAAGAGGCUUCGCUCGAACGCAAAUCAAGAGCGUUGGAUGCGGCAAACGUUGCUAUCGACGAGUGUCGAAGGAAAAUUCGAGACGAGCGAAGCUCGAAAGAAGACGUCAAGGCGGAAUCGAAAAGAUUGGCGGAGAGGGAACAGGCGUGUAAGAAAGUUUUGAACGAAGCUUUACGAAGAGCAUCGGGUAUGUUGAAAAAUAACUACAACGAAAUGUCUUUGAUGACUACCGAAGACGAAACUUCGGUGGAAGUCGCGCAAAGAGUUGUGGACGCUAUACGCGAUAUUGCCGUGCACAGAAGGAUGAUGGGAAUUGGUAAUAGAGAAGGAGAUAAUAGAGGUAAUAAUGCUAGAAAUAACGACAAUAAAAACUAUAGCAGAAGGCGACAACGACAUAAACGAAGAGGAAUCUCAUCUACGUCUACGUCCGGUAGCAGUAGCGAAACUGGAGAUGAUGAUGAUGAUGAUGAUGAUGGUGAUUCCGAAGAGCUUGAACUAGAAGCUGAAGAGAUGGAAGCGUUGGAAGAAGCGUUGGAAGCGGCGAGACGCUGGAAAAACCAAAGCGAAGAGUCCGAGCGACGGCGCGCGCGCGAAGUCGCCAUAGCGAGAGAACAAGCGUCGGAUUUACGGAAAACUAUUGAAAAGUUGCGCAGAGAGGCGAACGAAUCGAAAGAAUAUACCGACGAACUCGAAAAAAUCGUAGAACGCAUAGCGAAAAAUGUGUCUAGGACAGAUUUUGUCGAGCGAUGA